AUGAGAUUUUUAAAAAUUUUCCCAAGUAUAAUAAUAACUUCAACUUUAAUCACAACAGUCUUUGGAGAAUUUGAUAAUAAAUCCAAAAACAAUGUUGCAGUAUAUUGGGGUCAAGCAUCAGCAGGUACACAAGAAGAUCUAAGUUAUUACUGUGAUUCAGAUGAUGUUGAUAUCAUAAUACUUUCAUUUUUAAAUGCAUAUCCUGGAUAUAAUGGUGCACCAACAUUAAGUCUUGCCACAAGUUGUUUUGAUAAAUAUUCAAAUGGGGUUUUAGACUGUCCAGAUAUAGGUGAUGAAAUCACUGAAUGUCAAUCAAAGGGGAAAAAGAUUUUAUUGGCACUAGGUGGACAAGCUGGUGUUUAUGGAUUCACCAGUGAUUCUGAAGCUGAAGAAUUUGCAGAUACAUUAUGGAAUUUAUUUGGAGAAGGAAUAUCAGAGACAAGACCUUUUGGGAACUCAACUAUAGAUGGAUUUGAUUUUGAUAUUGAAAAUAAAAAUCAAGUUGGUUAUGUUGCAUUAGCUAAAAAAUUACAAGAAAAAUUUAAAUCAUCUUCAAGAGAUUAUUAUUUAUCAGUUGCUCCACAAUGUGUUUAUCCAGAUGCAAGUGUUAGUGAUUUGAUGGAUGAAAUUGAACUUGAUUUUGCAUUCAUUCAAUUUUAUAAUAAUGAUUGCUCAAUAGAUGGUCAAUUUAAUUGGGAUACAUGGACUGAAUAUGCAACAAAGAAAUCACCAAAUAAAGAUAUCAAAUUAUAUUUAGGAUUACCAGGUUCUUCAUCAGCAGCAGCCACAGGGUAUGUUGAUAUCAAAUCUGUAAAGACAACAGUUCAAAACAUAAGUUCACAUAACAACUUUGGAGGUGUUAUGUUAUGGGAUGUUACACAAGCUUAUUCAAAUGAAGAUUCAUCUGGUGAUAAUUUUGCUAAAUCUGUUAAAAGUACUUUGGAAUCCAAUACUAAAAAAUCAUCAAAAUCAAGUGGUGUUCAACUUGUUACUCCUUCAAAAACUAUUCAAGUUUCCCUAUUGGUUUGUUUAUUGAUGGUUUUGCUAGGAUGA